AUGUCUGGCCGACGCCGACCGCCGGCGCCCUCCGCGGCCGCCAUCGAUGGGUUCCGGAAGAAGAUCCGCGACUUAGAGGAGGACAAGAGGAGGAAUGAGGAGCUGAUGGAAAGGGCUGACCAGGAGUUGACGGCCAGUCGGCAACGGGUGGCCCAACUCGAGGACACAGUGGCCGCGCAGGACAUGGAGUUGGCGGCACUCAAGCAGAAGUGCAAGCGGUGGCGCGAGUCGGCCAAUCUUAGCAACAGAGAACUCGUGAGCAAUAAGUUUGUACUCCAAAGAGUCGAAGCCAUGUACGAGUCGUCGGCCGCUGUGGUGGCAGACAUUGUCGAAGACAUCGCCCGGCGAGCGAUUAAUGGCGUCAAUCGGGAGUUGCAGGACAUGACCGAAGCCCAGACGGCGGCCGCAGCCGACAGAGUGAGACACAUGUGGGCCCAGAGAGUAGUCAUCGAUCGGAUGGCCAACGAUAUGACCAGAGAUCCCAAUAAAUUUCAGUGCCCGGAGUGUCGUAAGGAAUAUAAGGGUCACAUCUGUCUCGUCAAACACAUCGCGCGAACGCAUCCGCGGGUGACACCGAUGGACACGACCGGCGCCGCCACCGCCUCAGCCCCGGUCGCCGCCGUCUCAGCUCCGGUCGCCGCCAAUGAUAUCGUCAUCGAAGAGAUCAGUCUCAGUGAUGAUGAGUGA